UGGUCGUUCAAUAUUUCGUCACUUCCUUCCUUUCCCUCUUUCCUUCCACCCCUCGUUCUGUAGGUCCGCGUGUUUACACACUCCCAGAUGAAGGAGUCAAUUAUGAACCAGGAGAAGCUCGCCAAACUGCAGGCGCAAGUCCGCAUUGGCGGCAAGGGUUCUGCCCGCAGAAAGAAGAAGGUGGUGCACAGAACGGCAUCGGCAGACGACAAGAAGCUGCAGUUCUCCCUCAAGAAGCUGGGCGUCAACAACAUCUCUGGCAUUGAGGAGGUGAACAUGUUCACCAACCAGGGCACGGUCAUCCACUUCAACAACCCCAAGGUGCAGGCCUCCCUGGCUGCCAACACCUUCACCAUCACGGGCCACGCAGAGAACAAGCAGCUGACCGAGAUGCUCCCCAGCAUCCUCAACCAGCUGGGAGCCGACAGCCUGACCAGCCUCCGGAGACUGGCGGAGAACCUGCCUAAACCAACCGGAGACAGCAUGGCCCCCAUGGUCGCUGCUGAGGUGGAUGAAGACGACGAGGUCCCCGAUCUGGUGGAGAACUUUGACGAGGCCUCAAAGGACGAGGCCAACUGAGAACCCUGCGUCGGCGCGUCAUACCCCAACCUCCCCCACACUCGCGUCCCAAGAGCUGGAACUGUCAUUUGUCUUUCACCACGUCCUGGACAGCGGUUGUUCUCCACCUCUAGGUCCAGAUGAGCGAAGCCUUACCCCGGGGACUUCUGUCUUGUUCUGCUCUCCCAGUGCACUGUGGGAGAUGUUGUUCUGCUCUCCCAGUGCACUGUGGGAGAUCUUUUUCUGCUCUCCCAGUGCACUGUGGGAGAUCUUUUUCUGCUCUCCCAGUGCACUGUGGGAGAUGUGUAGAAAGCACUGUUGUCUCUCCUGUUACUCAACACCAACACCACAACAUGUACGGUGGAAUCAAAUAUAUCUAUGUAAUAAAGAUUUACAUUUAACGUGA